AUGUCAAAGGUCGCGAUCAUUGACGACUCGAAUCCCGCGAUUGAAUACACGGAAGGAGCAUGGUCAGGCGUCGAUCAUGCAUUUACGAGCACGAGUAACGAGUACAACUCGACGAUGCACUACACCUUUGCAUCUGGUACGACAAUUAGAUACACCUUUAGAGGCACUGGGAUCACGGUCUACGGGACUAUCAAUCAGCCCAAAAACUACGGAUUAGCCGUCUCGACAUAUAGAAUUGAUAAUAAUCCUGCAGUCAGCUUCAACGCGUCCGGAGAAGUCGCCUAUCCUAAUCAGGAGGUCACAUUCUCGCAUAUCCCGUUCUACAAAUCUCCGACGCUCAGUUAUGGUGAACAUACUAUCCUCAUCACCAUUAGUAAUGUCGAUAGCGCUGCCAAUCGACGGUACAUCUUCGACUUUUUCACCGUCACGGGUAUGACCGACGACGACAUGGCGCGAGCAGGCGCGUGGACCAUUGUGGACGACAGAGACCCGAGUAUCAGUUACAACGGGGCCUGGUUGAUGGUCAGCAACUCUGCAGAGUAUGCCUAUACCAGUCGAAGAACUCCUCAGGGCGUGAACGCGACCGCGACGCUCUCAUUUACCGGCGACAGUAUCUCGGUAUACGGGACGAUCUACAACGACUAUGGAAGUGUGCCAAUCGUCGCAUUUCUCAUUGAUCCUGGUACACCGAAUCAGGUGUAUAGAGAUACAGGCGUCCGUGGCCUGCUCGCCCACCGAUUUUCCCAGCCCCUCCUCAUUCUGUCUGGCCUCAGUGAUGGACCACAUACAAUGCAACUCAUUGCGCUAGGAGAUCGUGCGCCGUCUUGGUGGCUGGACUAUUUUGUGUAUGGAUCGUCCAGAGUCUUGACAGGGGUCGCAGGCGGAAAUAGUGGUGGAGGCGGUGGGAUGAACACUGCAACUGCAGAGACAGAUACUCUUGUCGGUGUCACGACGCGGACUACGAUGAUCACAACUGGCGGCACCGUUAUGCCUGAGGUCCAGACGAUCAGCAACUUUGAUCCCGGGCUUCCCCAGUCAGGUGGAAACGGGGCCACUGUUCAAUCCGGUCCUUCUGUCUCCUCCUCCUCUCCAUCAAUAGAUCAACCGACCGGCUUGCCUGUUGCGGCCAUCAUCGGUGCAUCCAUCGGCUCUGUGGGGCUGCUGGUUAUCAUUGCCUUCAUAGUUUUUUACCUCCGUCGUAAACACAAAAAAGUUCGCUCGCCUCAUCUCUCUCCAAGCGAAGGGGAUUACGGUGCGCUGAAGGGCUCAGCGACACCUGAAGGGAGAAAUAGUCGAACGCUGGCGCAAUACCCUUUUGGCACGCAGAAAGGGGUACGGCCAAGAGGAAGUAGGGACGGGGAACAGGCAAUUGGUCGUGCUCAGAUGGAGUUGCGCCCAUUGAACCAGCGGAGCGAUUCACCAGAUAAUUCGGUAUUCAUCAUCCCGCCAGAGAAAUAUCGACCAAGGAACAAUCGUACUGAAGUAUUUCACCCAGCUGCUUCAAGUUCAGGGUCCGAAAGGCGGACGUCUGUGGGCACGUCGCACGUCGAGUCGAGAGAUUCGUAUCUACGACCACCCGGAUUAUCUGAUCGUAAUAGAACGGAGUCGUCGAGGCUGAGUGAUAGCGUAACGCCCGAGACAGAGCCAGAGAGCAGGUCCGAGAGGAACAGAGCCGGGAGGCAAGAAGACAUGGUCCCAGACUCGCGUCGUGGUCGGGAGGAAUGGCACGAGUCUUCACAGGAUGACAGUGUUUACUUGUCGUCGGACAUUCACAAUGGGCAUGCAUCGCACUUGAAAGACGUGCCGCGUAAUUCCGCCUCUACUUCCUCACGACAGAGGGAACAACCAAUACCUGAACGGACGCGACGGGUGCCCGUUCGAGAGGUUGAUGCCGGUAUUCGGUUGGAUCAUUGGACCUACGACGAUGAUGUCCCAGAUACACUACCGCCUUCGUACUCUAACUACGGAUAG